CGAGAGUGAGAUCUUGUGAUGGCUGUCGUUAUUGAUAUAACGGCGGUAAGUUGAGCGAGUGUUGGGAGGGAAGGAAGCCACAAUAAAGUGUGUGAGCGACUGAACCAAUCCCUCGCACGCAAAUGGACGAUCAAUUGAAAGUGGUACACGGAGGCGUAGCCCAAACAAACACAACAACAGACAGUCCCGGGGCUCCCACCACCAGUAGUCCCUUUCCGAAGGAGGAUAAUACCGACAGGACUACGUCGAGCACCAGCAGUUGCGAUUGUGUUGUUGUCACAAACGCGGCUGCAGUAGACACGGUACUUAGCGAAAAUGGCAAAGACAGCGAGGCUAAAGUCUCGAGCUUCGAUGUAACUAGCAACAACACGACAUCGUGCAUGUCAAGCAACACAGUCGCUAGUACUACAUUGACAACAACCACAACAACAGGCUCACCAUCAACAUUCACUGCUUCAGAUACAGCAGGGUCUGAUUCCUCGUUAGACCACCGUCUAUCCGAGUGUAACAUAAAUAAAAAUGAAGAUGGAAAUGACAAUGUUCCCGAUAAAAAUCCCUUGUUGGAGGUAGGAUUAGGAUCAAUGCAGCCCGUUAUGGAAUCUAAUAAAGCUAUAAUGAAAAAUUCUACUUCGAAUGAAAUGGAAACGAGUAAGAAGUCUGAUAAUGCAAAUAAUCAUGUCAGUGUUAAUCACCCUGGAUCUCCCGAUUCUGGUGGUGUAGAACUAACUUCAGCUAUGCAACAACAAGGAAAACAUGAACAUUCUAGAGAACAACAACCUGUCAUUAAACAACCACUGUUGUCGUCAGAUGGUCGUUCUACUUCACAGAUUGCCGAGCAGAACACCACUCAGAGUUGGAACAAAACAUCUGAAGCAGGAAUGGAGGAAAGCAACAAUGUGGAGCGACAACUGUCGCGAACCACCUGUCCGCAGGCUGUACCUUUGGAGACGAUACCUAUACCUGGUGAUCACGAACAGUCAAGAAUAACCCUCAACAAAAACCAAACAAACGUGCAAGCUAAUAUUUCUCAAGAUGGAACUCUUAACGAAGUGUCUUCAAAACACAAGCAAAUGGAUAAUCAGUCUACUGCUGCUAUUUCAACUGCUGCAACAUUAAGUUCAGGGGAAGAUACUGUGGACAACUCAAGGGAGAUAAAUUUCAUGAAACCCACAGAUUCACCAAGUCACGAAUCUUCAAAUUCUCUUAAAGAAACUAAUCUUGAUGUAAACACUAGCGAUGCAAACAAAACUUCUUUAAACCUUUUAGAUUCUGCCGAUUCCAACCUUGAUAAUGUUCCUGGUUCUAAAAAACAAUCUUCGAUCAGUGAUAAAUCAGAAAUAUGUACAACUCAGAGGGGAGACGGCUGGGAUAAUAAUUCUUGUUGCCUAACUUCAAAUUCAUCUUCAGAGCUGCCUUUGGAAAAAAUAAACACUGGUGGCAAGUGUACCAACAUAUCUCCUGUGGAUUUGCAAACUGAGCAAAACCAACAAAAUAUAGCAAUUUCAGAUUUAGGUGCUAAUACACAUGUGCAACAACAAAAUAGCAGGGAAGCUUCUAGUUUGCCACAAAAUGAAGGUCACGGUGUUAAAGUUGAACUUUCAUUGGCAGAAAGUGAUAAUGAUGCCACAGCUGCUCAGGCAAGUGCCAGUUGUGAAGUGCCUAAAAGGUCUGAAAGGGUCAUUUCCAAAACUAGCUUGUCUUUGGCGGAUUCUUCCAAAGAUGUAGACGACCACUUAUCUAAGCGCAGUGAUACAGACUCUCAGGACAUAACACCUUCUGAGUCAUUGAGUAUUCCUUCAGAUAAAGAUAUUGACGGUAUCCCUAUAGAAACUGCUGACAGUGAGAAUGGACAAGGUUUAUCUAAAAUUGCCCUAGAUGGCUCAUCUUCUGUGCAGAGUAUUUACCAUAUAAAAUGGAUUCAUUUUCAAUCACAAAAGGUACCCAUUAUUACUCAAAAUGAAAAUGGUCCAUGCCCGUUGCUGGCAAUAAUGAAUGUAUUGUUGCUACAAGGGCGAGUAACUCUGGAUUCUACUUCAGAAUUAAUUACUUCAGAACAACUUAUGGAUCACUUAGGUGAAUGCAUCCUGCAAAAUGUUCCUAAGACAGCCUCAGAAGCUGAUCGGUUAAAUUACCAACAAAACAUGCAGGAUGGUAUGGCAGUGGUCCACAAAUUGCAAACUGGAUUGGAUGUCAAUGUUGGUUUUAAAGGUGUACAAGAUUUUGAAAUCACUCCAGAAUAUAUCAUCUUCGAUUUGCUGGGUAUCUCUUUAUAUCAUGGUUGGUUAGUUGAUCCACAGUCACAUGAAGUAGUAUCUGCUAUAGGUAAAUGCAGUUACAAUCAGCUUGUAGAAAAAAUAAUUGUACAGAAGAAUUCAGACAGCAAUGAACAGAUUACUGAAGCAUUAAUAGCAGAAACCUUUUUAGAAAAGACAGCUUCUCAGUUGACAUACCAUGGACUCUGUGAAUUAAAUAGCACCGUCAAAGAAGGAGAGCUCUGUGUUUUCUUCCGGAAUAACCAUUUCAGCACUUUAUAUGGGCAUAAGAAUGAACUAUUUCUACUGGUUACUGAUCAAGGUUUCUUGAAUGAAUGCAACGUGGUUUGGGAAACAUUGUCCAGUGUUGAAGGAGACUGUUAUUUUGUUGACACAUCAUUCCACACUUAUACCAAGCCUGAUUCUGCAUCUUCCACCACUGCUGUCACACCUCCACUUGUGCCAAUAGGCUCUGAUCAACAAAUUGACCAAGAUUAUUUGGUUGCAUUGUCAUUGGACCAAGAACAGAAAUUACAGCGAGAAGCGUGGUCGAAUCAGACAGGUGGUGUUGGAUCUAGUGGUGGUGCUAUUUCUGAAAGUGGAGGUUUACUUGAUCAAGAUCACCAUCCACAACUUAGCGAUCUUGAACUUGCCAAGAAAUUACAAGAUGAAGAGGAUCAGCGUGCCAGUGCUGCUGCAGCUGCUGCAUCAAACAGGAGAUCAAGAACUGGUGCAGGGUCUUGCAAUACAUCUUUACCAUCAUCUUCAGCAGGGAUGAGACGUCAAAGAGAGAGAGAGAAGGACAAAGAAAGUUGUACCAUUUUAUGAAGAAAGUCCAGUUCAGUAACAACAUUUUGACAAAGUUAUACUAAUCUUUUCUAGCCUUCAAUAUGCUUUAAACAAUAUUAAGUGGAUUUGGUGAAAAUUCAGUUACUGAAGUGUGUCUAUACAAUCAAACUUUGUAUGGUAUCUGAAGUCCACAGAAGGUGUCACAACCAGCCAAAGUGCAUACAUUGUUUAUAUUUAAUUUUCAUGAUAAUAAGUAUAGAUGUUAAAAAGAAAAAAAACAACAUUAAAUGGCCUUUUUCAUUUUUACAAAUAUGGUUGAGAUAUUGUGCGGUUGAAGUGACAGGCCUGGAAAAUACAGCAACCUCACAGUUGUUUCAUUGUUAAAUUGCCUCAAGAGCUACUAUUUUCACCACAUAAAGAUUACAUAAAAGUAAAAGAUUUCAAAUUAAAAUAUUACUAAAAUUUAUGACAA